UUCUUGGGUGCAAGAGAAAGAAGAGGAUUUGAAACCGGGGCGGCUCCGGCUAGCACGCAGCAGGGAGGAGGGCAGCGUGAGCUGGGUUCGUCUUCCUCCUCGCGGCGCACCAGGCAAGCCCAGCUCAGGGUCCAGCGCGGCAGGGCAGGGCCGAGGGAGGGAGCGGGCGGCACGCACCAACCUGCCCCCGGGAUAGUUUUAUGCGAUUAUCCGCGUCACCCCACCGGCCCCCGCCGCUGCUUUCCCAAUCGAGCCGAGCACCGCGAUUCCAGGCCAGCGGAAACCGAUUAAAAAAGGCAACCCCCGCUCCGUCCGCGCAAAAGUAAAAAACAACAACCGCAUCGCGCAGCGCAGCGCAGCACCGAGCGAGCGAGCGAGCGGGCGGAGGGAGGGGGGAGAGAGAGGGGGGAGCGAGCAAAGGUUCGAUAAAAAGGAGAGGAGGAGACGAAGCGUCCAAGCCCAAGUAACAUCCCCACCUCCCCUUCCUCCCCUCCCUUUCCCAUCGCCCCGGCCGCAUCGAGAUCUUGGCUGGCACCGCCGGAGAUCGCGAGGAGCGGCCCCGCGGCUCCCCCGAUCCCACCUCCUCCUCCGCCGCCGCCGACCGCCGCCGCCGACCGCCGAUCGGUGAGUCGCCCGAUCCGCCCCGCCCCGCCACGCCCUGCGCCGAUCGCCGCCGGAUCGGCCGGAUCUGGGGUAGGAGGGGAGGGGAGGACGCGAUGGAGGCCGACUCCGGGAAGCUCUUCGUCGGCGGCAUCUCCUGGGAGACGGACGAGGACCGCCUCCGCGACUACUUUGGCCGCUUCGGCGAGGUCACCGAGGCUGUCAUCAUGCGCGACCGCAACACCGGCCGCGCUCGCGGCUUCGGCUUCAUAGUCUUCGCCGAGGCCGGCGUUGCUGAGCGAGUCACCAUGGACAAGCACAUGAUCGAUGGCCGCAUGGUCGAAGCCAAGAAAGCUGUUCCCAGGGACGACCAGAGCAUUGCAAGCAAGAACAAUGGCAGCAGCAUAGGCUCGCCUGGGCCAGUCCGUACCAGAAAGAUCUUUGUUGGGGGGCUGGCCUCCAAUGUUACUGAGGUUGAAUUCAGAAGGUAUUUUGAGCAAUUCGGCAUGAUAACAGAUGUGGUUGUCAUGUACGACCACAACACACAGAGGCCCAGGGGCUUUGGCUUCAUCACCUAUGAUUCAGAAGAUGCAGUGGAUAAGGCGCUGCACAAGAACUUCCAUGAGCUUAAUGGCAAGAUGGUUGAAGUCAAGAGAGCUGUCCCAAAGGAGCAGUCGCCUGGACCUGUCGCACGCUCACCUGCUGGAGGGCAGAACCUUGCUAUCAGCAGGGUUCACAACUUCUUGAAUGGCUUCAACCAGGGAUAUAGCCCAAACCCGAUAGGAGGUUACGGCAUGAGGGUGGAUGGAAGGUUUGGCCUGCUUUCAGGUGCACGAAAUGGGUUUUCUUCAUUUGGCCCCAGUUAUGGAAUGGGCAUGAAUGUUGAAACUGGGAUGAAUGCAAAUUUUGGUGCAAACUCUAGUUUCCUCAAUAACUCAAAUGGGCGGCAAAUGGGUUCAUACUACAAUGGUGGUUCAAACAGACUAGGCAGCCCUAUUGGGUACGUUGGUCUGAAUGAUGAUUCAGGAUCGAUAUUGAGUUCAAUGGGAAGGAAUGUUUGGGGUAAUGGAAAUGUCAACUACCAGAACAGCCCUACAAACAUGAGUUCUUUUGUACCAUCUGGAAGUGGGAGUCAAGUUGGUAUUACUGGCGAUGGUAUAAAUUGGGGAGGUCCUACUUCUGCCCAUGGGAUGGGAAGCAUUUCAAGCCUUGGGUCUAACAUUGGCCGUGGGGCUGGAGAUAACUUUGGUUUGCCGUCUGGCGGCUAUGGAAGGAGCAACCCAACUGGCACCAUUGGUGAACCUUUUUCUGCGUCAGCCAAUGCAUAUGAAAUGAACAACAUAGAUACAUAUGGCAACAACUCUAUUUAUGGUGACUCAACCUGGAGGUUCACGUCAUCUGAGAUCGAUAUUCCUCCUUUUGAUAAUGAUCUUGGAAAUAUCGAUCCAGAUAUCAAAUCGAACAUGCCAGCAAGUUACAUGGGCAACUAUACUGUUAAUAAUAAUCAGACAAGCAGAGGUCAGUAUCCGCUUCAGCAUUUUGCUAUUAGCUACACAUGAAUUUCCCAUCUUUUU